ACCACUCUUCCGGAGAAGACAUGGAGAUAUCAGAAGACGAGAUGCCUGGCACGCCCAACUCGAGUGGAGACAAAUCCAUCGUGGUCAACUCUUCAGUUUCCAUCGCCAUUCCUCACCCAGGAUUCCCCCCGCUCCCCCCUCAGGGGGGAUUCCCGCUGCCUCCUCCCCCUCUGCCUCCCCCUCCGACCCACCCGGCCGUCACUGUGCCCCCGCCUCCCCUGCCUGCUCCUCCGGGGGCACCCCUCCACCCCAUGCUUCACCCCCUGCACCCCUUCGCUCCCAGCAUGGUACCCAUGAUGCAGAUGGACUUGGCGAAUUGCUUGGGGCACCCAUGGGGCGGCAUGUCGAUGUCCUUCCAGAUGCAGACCCAGAUGCUGAGCCGCAUGAUGCAGGGCCAGCGGGCGUACCCUUACCCUCCCUUCAUGGGCGGAGGGGGCAUGCAGUUCACCAGCCUCCCCCCGUACCAGCCCUUCUCCAUGGGAGCAGCUGCAGCAGCAGGGGUGACCAACAUGGCCCACGGGCAGCCCUGGCCCCCCCUGCCUAAAUUCAACCCCUCGGUGCCCCCACCCGGGUAUGAGCCCAAGAAGGAGGACCCUCACAAGGCUACGGUGGACGGGGUGCUGCUGGUCAUCGUCAAGGAGCUAAAGGCCAUCAUGAAGAGGGACCUGAACCGGAAGAUGGUGGAAGUGGUGGCAUUCAGGGCCUUUGACGAGUGGUGGGAGAAGAAAGAGCGCUCGGCCAAGGCCUCUCUGACCCCAGUGAAGUCGGGCGAGGUGAAGGAGGAGGACAAGGAGAAGAUGAAGCCCAGGGAGCCCGUCACAUCCAGCCUGCUGGAGAAGUGGAACAAGGUGGAGGGGCUUGGGUACGAGGGCAUCGGGCUGGGCAUCGGCCUGCGCGGGGCCAUCCGCCUGCCCUCCUUCAAGGUGAAGAGAAAAGAGCCUCCAGACCCCGCCUCCACCGGAGAUCCCAAACGAGUCCGCCCCUCCACUCCGGGAGACGACGAGCUGGAAGAUGAAGAGUCGGAGCGGGACAGGGACGCGGCUGACCUGGCCUCAGACGUGUCCAAAAAGGACGUGGACGUGGUGGCAGUUAGGCGGCGGCACGGGAGACCGCUGGAGCUGGACAGCGAAGGGGAGGAGGAAGAGGAGACUUCCGGGAAAGAGGAGGAAUCGUCUUCAGAAAAGGAAGAGCAAGAUGACAACGAGGCUUCUGAGAAGUUGUCAUCGGACAAGGAGGAGGAAGAGGAGGAGAGUGAUGAAGAUGACGAAGACGAGGAGGAUGAAGAUGAUGACGCUGAAGUCAGAGAAAUAGAACCAGACUCUGCGGAUGAAGAAGUGGAAAGUAUCUUCUCCUCUAAAGCUGGACUCGAGUCAUCAUCGGAAAGUGAAGAUUCCUCUGAAUAUGCAAGCAGCUCAGAGGAGGAGGAGGAAGAUGAGGAGGUGGAGGAGGAGGAGGAAGAGGAAGAGGAAGAGGAGGAGGCGCUCCUCGUGUCAGAGUCAGAGGAAGAAGUGGAGCUGGAGGAGCAGGCUGACCUCAAGCCGGCCACUCCCACCGCUGCAGAGCCCCCCGCAGAGGAGGAUAUUGAUGUGGAGGUCCUGGGUGGAGAGGCCAGGUCAGAGGAGCCGGCAGCGCACUCCAUUGGGGAGGAAUCGAAGGGAGAGACCCGGCGAAAAGACAGAGUGGAGGAGGACGAGUUAAAGACACGGCAACGGGAAGCAGAAUCCAUAGAGGACGAAACGGCAGCCAGUGAACCAGAGCCCAAUCAGAGGCCUCCGUCCCCCAAAGGACUUCUGGAGGAGCCUGACCUCGACAUCGAGAUGGAGCCUGCAGUUUUGGAGGCUUCGAGGGCCGAGCCCCCUGAGGACCUUGGGAAUCUGAGGCCCCCGACUCCCACGGGGUCCCUAGGCGACAGCGACCUGGACGUGCGGCUCAAGAGCAAGUUCUCCUCCCCCUCCGUGGAGGAGGAGGAUGGGCUCCCCAGGACCCCCGGCCGGGAGAUCUGUACACAUUCCGACCCUGAGGUCCCUGUACCCAAGACUCUGCCUUCCUCCUUCGCUCCUGCCCUCCCUCCCACCCCGGGCAAAGAGAUCCCCUCCCUUCCUCCCGAGCUUGCUGCCAUCGGCAAGCUUCUGGUCGAGGAGGACCUUCCGAGAACGCCGGGCCGGGAGUUUGUGGGCAAAGCCGCCAUGGGUCUGGGAAAAUCCCAGAGCACGGAGAUGAUCCCGGCCACACCGGGCAGCGACGCACCCCUGACUGGAAACAGCCUGACUCUGAGCUCUCCCCACAUCCCCGGCAGCCCCUUCUCCUACCCCUCGCAGUCCCCGGGCGCUAGCAGUGGGAUCCCCCGAACUCCAGGGAGGGAUUUCACCUUCACCCCAACUUUCCCCGACCCCGCCACUAUGGCGGCCGCUGUAGCCUCUGGCCUCCCCAUUCACAGGAAAGCUUCCUUCGACAGCUUGGAGGAGAGAACGUUGUUCAAGGAGCCGUCCAGCAUGUCUCCGCUGAUCAACCUCAACUGCACGAUCCCCCUGGUCCCGAUCACCGUCCCCAAGGACUUUGGGCUGCUCCCAUCUAGCCCUCCUGCUUCGGAGCUAACGCCCAGCUCAACCAGCGUGCCAAAUGAGGCAACCCCUCCUGUAGCAAUCCCUCCCAAGAGGAAACCAGGGAGGCCAAAAACGAAAAAGGUUUCUUCCCCGCCCUUUCUGUCUCCGGAUACCACAAAGGUAGAAUACGCGGGAGGCGAGCUGAAGGUUAAGGACUCCUUUGUAGGGGAUCCCUCGACAAUCGCCCUGGACUUCAGGGAAGAGCUGGGGAAGGCAGAAGUUGUGGACAGGGUCCCUUUCCAGGAGCUGGAGAACAGGCUGGCAGAGGAGGAGGAUCUGGAGGAGGAGGAGGAGCUGGUACAGAAGCCUCGCAGGCAGCUGACCCGGCGACACCGGAGGAAACAGGAGGAGCUGCUGCUGCUGGCUCUGCGCAGCCCGGACUUCUCCCCCCCCAGGCCCUUGUUCCGGCUGCGCUCCGACUUUGAGGAGAUGACCAUCCUGUACGACAUCUGGAACGACGGCAUCGAUGAGGAGGACGUGCGGCACCUGCACAUUACCUAUGACAAGAUGCUGCAGCAGGACAAUGGCAUGGACUGGCUCAACGACACCCUCUGGGUGCACCAUCCUCCUACCAGAAUUCCCAGUGUGAAGAAGAAGAAGCGGGAUGACGGGAUGCGGGAUCACGUGACAGGGUGCGCCCGCAGCGAGGGCUACUACAAAAUCGACAAGAAGGAUAAAAUCAAAUACCUCAUCAGCAGCCGUCCUGUCACAGAGGAGACUCCUGAGGAUACGCAAGGGAUGAGUAUCCCAGCGCAGCCUCACGCCUCGACCCGGUCCGGCUCGGAGAGACGAUCAGAGCAGCGGCGCCUCCUGUCCUCCUUCACGGGCAGCUGUGACAGUGACCUGCUCAAGUUCAACCAGCUCAAGUUCCGUAAGAAGAAGAUCAGAUUCUGCAAAAGCCACAUCCACGACUGGGGUCUGUUUGCCAUGGAGCCCAUAGCCGCAGAUGAGAUGGUGAUUGAGUAUGUGGGCCAGAACAUCAGACAGGUGAUCGCAGACAUGCGGGAGAAGCGCUACGAGGACGAGGGCAUCGGGAGCAGCUACAUGUUCCGAGUGGAUCACGACACCAUCAUCGAUGCUACCAAGUGUGGCAACUUCGCCAGGUUCAUCAACCACAGCUGCAACCCCAACUGCUACGCCAAGGUCAUCACAGUGGAGUCCCAGAAGAAGAUUGUCAUUUACUCCCGGCAGCAGAUCAGCGUGAACGAGGAGAUCACGUAUGAUUACAAGUUCCCUAUCGAAGACGUCAAGAUCCCGUGUCUGUGCGGAGCGGAGAACUGCAGGGGGACCCUGAAUUAGAGAGGGGGUGCUGCACCCUCGCCUCUCCCCUCUCCGCUCUCCAUCUCCAAGCGCUUUCACACCAUGCAGCCGAGGUUGCACUAUGCCAAAAAGAAGCAAGAAUCCACUAUAAUAAAAACGAGAUUAAACCCCCAACGUAUGGCACUUCUGGGGCAUGUCGACAAGCGGGUGCACACGCAGGGGAGUCCAGACUCUGGCGUUGUUGUUGUUUACAAUUUCAGGUGCUCUUUCUUGUGCCACUUUCCACCCCGGGCUAUCAGCAGAACAACACUGGUUUCCCUCCCCACCUGCUCCCAGUCCCCAGGAAGCCUUCACGCUCAGUCAUGCAGGGGCACGGUGCCCACGCUGUACCUUCCACCUAGGAGUGCUGCUGCCUUUUCCUUUCACAGUGUUUUUUGUACAGUGAGAAUAAUGUGAAACAGUAGUGGUGAAGUUGACUGAAUGAUGUAUUUUUAGGUUUUCAUUUUGGGUGUUUGGCCUUGAAGUUGCACAGAAUCUGAAGACGUCACUGUGGGUAGUUUUUGAUUGUUUGUUUUUGCAGAGUGCAUUGCCAGAUUUUCAAAAAGGUCUUUUGCAUUCUUUUGGCACUUCUUAGCUGGCUUAUACUUUAUAAAUCCAGUCCUUUUAGAGCUGUGCAGUGCGUAUGUGUCAAAUAUAAAACAUAAGCAUGCCUCAUGAAACCGGUAAUUCUAUUCUUUACCGUUAGAAAAAAACACUUUGUACACAGAAGCAUUAUUUAUUUAUUUCAUCCCACUCGCUCCUCUUUUUAAAAUCACAUAGUUCAGAGAAGGUUGUAUAAGUUAAAAGCAUCUUCUGCCCUCUACAGGUGGCUCUCUGUUAUUUCAGCAGAGUUUCUGUACCAGACACUGUACAGACUUCUGUAAGUGAAACUGCAUGAUCUUCAUAUGCUGUGAAUCUUGUCCUCAUUAAAGCGACCUACAGUGGUUGAAAGGACAAAGGUUUAAUACACGCAGAAGCUAGCAGCUUGCGUCAGGCUGAGAACUUGCACUUUUAACACAUUCAAAUAUAUAGAAUCUUACCUGACUCUUAACUUCCGGGGCCCUUUGACAAUUUCUCUUAACGUUUGUCUCCCACUUUCCCUGCUGUUGCAUUCUCAUUUAUUCACCGUGUCAUUUUACUGCAGAUGUGCUGUGCAGCAUCCUAAAAACGUACAUUAAUCUUUUCAGAGAAUUAAAAUCUGCUCAGGAUUCUCAAUAGGCAGCCGAUGGCUUCUAUGAAAACCAUUAGCUCAACAAAUAUGAAACUUUCAGGGCCAAACACGGCCUUUCAGUCCUGAAGAGAUUUUUUUUUUUUUUUCCUGUUUACCCAGUAGAGCAGUAAGCACAGGUCACAGUGAAUGCAGCUGUUUGUGUAAAGCGACAGGUGUUUUUAUGUGCAAUAUUCACUAUUCUAAGUCAAUAAUCACUACAGAUAAACUCAGCAGUCACUAAACUAUCCUCUCUGAAUUUACUGGAAUGUAUUAUUCAGGGUAACCAGGGGUCCUACUUGAUCUGCAGGGUUGGUUAGGAAACUAAAGAAAAAGCGCUCCUGCGUUAAAGAAAAUCCUGCUGCAGUCUUUGCUCCUUUAUUAAUGACACGAUUUAUUCCUAACUUCGUUUUCUGUUUCUCCUACAAAAUUAUCCAUUGGUACUUUCGUAUGUGUAAUGCAUGAGUGAGUCCCGCCCACAAUGCCCUAGUGAGCUGGUAAGGGUAUGAAUGAAUGCCUUAUACAGGUGAUCAACAUGAUUUAUUACAAAGGAACUUGAAAUGAAUACGGCAAUUCAGUCCACAUGAAUUAACAGGGCUGAGUUUAAAAUGAAUGGCUUCAGAACUCUGAGAAAGUGCACGAAAGAUAUCCAGGUGUCAUUCCUGUGCUGUUCAGCUGGAAUUCAUUAUAACUUUGCAGCCAUUAUUUUAAUGCAUUACCUUUCUAUCCUUUAUGGCAACUGUUGCUGUAGAGCGGAGCACAGAACAAUGUCAGACUUCUGCCAUUCUCCAUAUUCUUUCAGUUACAAGCACAGAAAUACCUCCCAGCCAUGACCAGGCGAUGCUUCAGGUCUACAGCGGUAGCAUUCUUUGUAUAGUCAAGUGCUUUUUGUUUGUCUUCAAUUAUAGCAGCAUUUCUUUCUCACCUUUCUUUAUACAAUGAGUAUAACAUGAAUCUGUAUUUGUACAUAAGCUAGCUGUAGUUUAUUCUUUUAUUCUGUUUUGCGAAUGCACAAUGGGUUAGCAUGUAACUUGGCUGCAGUGUUUGCCAGUAGCUUGCAUGUCUCCUAGUACUCAAUCAGAACCUCAAAACAGGUCAUUCAUCACGCCUUGACCUUCCGAGGACCGCCCUGCGUCUUCGACCGAACCGCACAACUUGAGGGGGGUGGGGGUGGGAAGGCUUUUAAAAAUGUUUAUAAGGGUUUACAGGGUGGGCUUUUAUUUUCUAUCUACCAGAAGAAAGUUUUUGUUCAUUUUUUUUUUUUUUUUAGAUAAAAGCAUUUGAUUUGAUAUUUUUUCAGGGAGCAUUUCCAACACAUACAUGUAGAAUAAAAAAGUGAUAAACUGUUUUUUUUUUUUUUAAAUGAAGGUGCAUCUUGUAUAUAGACACACCCAGAUCUUGUCAAAAAAUUGUUUCUUGUAGAAACAUGCAUCUGCUUUUUCUUCUCCCUCCCUCUUCAUUUCUUUGUACUUCCUUAGAUUGUAAAUAAUUUAUUAAUGUGAAUAUUGUCAUUUUUUUUUCCUGGGUUUGCUACAAAAUACAGCUUGACUCUCAAAACAGGUGUAUUUAAGAGGAGCUGAUUGCAUUAUUCUCAGCUUGUGUCAAGCUUACUGUAAAUUAUGUAACAAAAGAAGAAAACUAAAUAAAAUGUGAAAAUGGACUGAUGAAAUUUGCAGAGGAGCAUUAAGAGUUCCUGAACAUUGACACUAAGAGUGCCGGGGGGGGGGGGGGGGGGGGUCAUGGCAUAUUCUGUUUAUUAAAGAGGGAAUCUUGUGCAGAAUAAUCAAAAGAUCUUAAAAAUGUAUUUUAAGCAAAGCUAAAACUGGAUUUUGUUUUUCCUAAAAAUAAAAUUAAAAUAACUUUGGGGUUAUUCCUUCUUUAAAAGGGUCUAGGCGUCAGAAUUGCAAUAAAAUAUUUAAUUGUUCGCCCCCCCCCCCCUUUCUUUGGAUGUAAGAUUUGUAUUUUUUUUUUCUUUUUUUUAAAGAAUUGAACAUGGUUUUUUUUUUGUGCAGAUAAAGCAUAAGCUGUGUAUCUUGUUUUGACGAAAGUGUUUUGUUGUGGGUGUGUCUUGCUGUAUAUAUUUGUUCAUAUUUUUGUUGAAUUAUUUACUAUGUACCAUUGUAUUAUAGUAACUUUUAUAAAGCAAUGCAUAAAUACACUGACUUUUUCUUAACGA